GAGCGACAGACGCGUGACAGGACAGAACCUGAUGGGACAGGGGUGAUCGACAGUCUCCACAGGAGGAAUCAGACAUCUGUUGAUCCAGGAGCUGAUGAUGCCCGUCCUGAAGAGAGAAGCAGCUGAAGCCCGCAGCGACUGCAAUAUGCUGCCCAAAGUCCCUGUUCCAGACCUGCAGCUCACGCUGGACGCCUACCUGAGAUCCGUGCAACACCUCGUGUCCAAGACACAGUUCCGGAAAACCAAAGCCAUAGUGGAGACCUUCGGCAAACCUGGAGGUGUUGGGGAAAAACUGCAAAAACAGCUGCUAGAGAAGAGAGAAAAGACUGAGAACUGGGUGUACGACGUCUGGCUGGAAGACAUGUAUCUGAAGAACAGACUCGCGCUGCCUGUGAACUCCAGUCCUGCGCUGGUUUUCCCCAAACAAUCCUUCAGAGACGUUAAAGACUCUCUCAUGUUUGCUGCUCGUCUCAUUCUCAGUGUUUCUCAGUACAAGACUAUGGUGGACGGGAAGACUCUGCCGGCGGACGUUGCUCGCGGUCAGAAGGCCGACGCUCCGCUCUGUAUGGAUCAGUACAAGCGUCUCUUCAGCUCUUACAGACGGGCCGGACUGGAACAGGACACGCUCAUCACAGCGGACGGCUCAUCUGACAGCGGACACGUCAUUGUGGCCUGUAAAAAUCAGUUCUUCACGCUGAAUCUGACAGAAGGAUCCUGCAGACUGAACGAGGCUGAUGUUCAGGCUCAGCUGCAGUGGAUCUACGAGCAGACGCUGAACGCAGGGCAGAAGCAGCCGGCCGUGGGACUGCUGACUUCCGACGGCCGGACAGACUGGGCUGCAGCCAGAGACCAGCUGCUCAAAGAUCCAGUGAACAGAGAGUCAGUGGAGGUGAUGGAGCGCUGCAUGUGUGUCGUCUGUCUGGACGAUCCCACGGGACUCGAGCCCAGCGACGCUAACAGAGCUGCACUGAUGCUGCACGGUGGAGGUCCUGAUAAAAAUGGGGCAAACCGCUGGUACGACAAACCCCUGCAGUUCGUGGUCGGUGCCGAUGGUGUGUGUGGGGUCGUGUGCGAGCACUCGCCGUUCGAGGGGAUCGUUCUGGUGCAGUGCACUGAACACGUCCUGAAACACAUACGGAGCAGCUCCUGUAAGCCGAGCUCCAGUCAGAGCACGUCUGAACUUCCUCAUCCACGCAGAUUAGUGUGGAAAUGUUCCGCUCGGAUCCAAAGUGCGCUGGCCUCGUCCGCAGAUCACCUGCAAAGACUCGUGAGGAAUCUCGACAUGAGUGUUUUCACAUUCACAGCUCAUGGGAAGGAGUUGAUCAAACGUCAGAAGAUGAGUCCAGACGCGUACAUACAGCUGGCUCUACAGCUGGCCUUCUACAGGUACAGACGCUGCCACCCGUUUUACACUCUCUUUGCUGGACUGUAUGUCGUCUUGUUUUUUUUGUGCAGAUGUCACAGAAGGCCCGUCUCCACCUACGAGAGCGCUUCUCUCCGUCGCUUCCGGCAGGGACGCGUGGACAACAUCCGCUCGGCCACUCCGGAGGCUUUGGUGUUCGCCAAGGCCAUGACAGAUGGCAGAACAUCCAUUCAGGACACCGAGAAGAUGGAGAAACUGCGAGCAGCUAUAGAAGCUCAGACACAAAUCACAGCUCUGGCCGUCGCAGGGAUGGGGACGGACAAUCACUUACUAGGACUACGUGAAACGGCCAAGGAGAUGAAAAUGAAGACGCCAGACAUUUUCUCUGAUGAAACGUACCACAUCAGUAACCAUUUCAUCCUGUCAACUAGUCAGGUUCCCACGACAGAAGAGAUGUUUUGUUGCUACGGUCCAGUGGUUCCCAACGGUUACGGCGUGUGCUACAACCCGCAGCCCGAUCGCAUGCUGUUCUGUGUGUCCAGUUUCAGAGAGAGUAAAGAAACCUGUUCAGGGCUGUUUGUGAGGGCGCUGGACGAGGGACUGCAGGACAUGAUGCGUCUGUGCACUAAACACACAGAUCACAGCAACAGAGCAGAAUAACACCAUCAGAGUCUGAGACAUCAGUGGAAGAACAACACAGUCCGAGUCGAGUCAGCUUCAUUUCUACAGCGCUUUAUACAGCACAGUUCAUUUAUAGAUCGCUAUAUCUACAGAACAGAUAGUUUCAAAGCAGCUUCACAGUGAUAAACAGGGAAAUUACAGAAUGCAAACAGAAUUCAGUCGUGGUGUGGAGCAGCUCUAAAAGACAACAGCAGCUUGAUGACUGUAAUGUGAAUAUUCCUCACAGCUCGGUUUUAGACAUAUAUGUUGGAAUACUUCAUGUCUUUAACCAGACACAAAUGUUUGGUAUGACUGAAGGAAACGCUGGUGAAAUUUUUUUUUUUUUUACUGUCUGUGAACUAAAUUAUUGGACAUUAGAUUUUAAUUUAUUAUAUUUAUUAUGCUAUUAUAAAAAUUGCUAUUUUCAAAGCAACAAUAACCAGUACUGUAAAUUAUUACUGUAAAAUUAGUCCAUUUAAAAAAGUAAUUUGAUUAUAUUUCCAUUAAUAUAAAAAAACUAAAGAAUGUUCACGCUACUUUCUGAAUCUAAAUCUCUCUGACUGGAGUAACAAAUAAAAGUAAUGUCAAAGAUUGUCUAUUUCAUACAUAUACUACUGAAUAUACUGGCAUGUGUAUAUACAUACCAUAUAUAUGUUAAACAUACAUAUAAAAUAGUAUAAGUAAAAAAAGUUCAUCAAAAAAACUAAAGUACGUAUAAGUUUACAUGUUAUUCGGUAGUCUGUAAAACACACUUUAGGAGAAUACUGCUAAUAUUACUACGAUUAAUCAAACACACAUACACAAAAUACAGUAAAAUAUACUUCAUGUACUGCAAUUAAUGAUGCACUUCCAGAACUUAAACAUACUUAAUCUCAAAGAUAACUGCAUAUGAAUGUGAAGAAGAUUCACUGUCUUUAUUACAGUAUGUGGAUGUACUGUCUAUGUAUGUCUGUGUGUGGUAUAUAUAUAUAUAUAUAUACAUAUGUGUGUGUGUGUGUGUGUGUGUGUGCGCAAUAAAUUCAGUUAAAGUUCAAUAUGUUAAACACUGUGAAGUAGAUUAUAAAUAUUUGCACUAGAGACAUGAAAAAUUAGAGACAUAUGCACUAAUAAUCAUCGUCAAUAUGUUUAAUAUCUGUUCCUGUGAGUAAAUACUGUUAUUUAUGGAUUAUAUUGAUGUCUGAUGGAUUCCUUCUUUACUGUAUUUGUGACAAUAUGUCAGCUGAAUAAAAAGUCAGUGCGCAUAAAAAUGUAUUUUUGUAAGUUCAAUGCAUUUUACUCAUGUAUAAUGUUUGCCACUGUAUGUUACUGUAUUAUUGUGUGUUGAGUUAAUAACUGAUGGAGAUUCAGAGCUGUCAGUCAUAUGAGACAAAU